GUCAGUCAAUCGUAAAAGAUAUUCUCGUUUCCAAUAAGACCACUUUAAAAAUAUGGCAGGUUCGAUUGUAUGAUCAAGCAAUCGACAUUGAACUGCGUUGAAAUUCGCAGGCGGCAAAAUGUGUGAUCUUUUAUAAAUUGAAGUUAUAAUUCCAUCCAAAUGGCAUAAUUCUGUGGUUCAGGUAGGCGUGAAAUGUAUUGCAAAGCGCAUGCCGAAUUUACAUUCCAGUAUACAUCAAUAUUGUUUGUUUACGUUUUUUUCUUGUGUCGAUUAGAAAGCUCAUCAAAGUGUUCGUCCCAUCUAGAGCUGCCUACAGGAAAAAAUCUUUGAUACGAGUGUUUUGUUUAAAAAUAAAUCUGUGAUAAUAUAGUUUUGAACGGAUAAUAAACUAGGUUUAUUAAUAGUUUUCCGAUGUACCUGUGCAUCUCAAAUACAGCUAAAAUGGAGAAGUGUGUGCGUACGCAGUGAAGGGUUACUUUUUGUAUAUAUAACUAAAAAUUAUAUAAUCAGUAAUCCAAAAUUGUAAUGCCGAACAAAUUCCAUUGGUAGUCGAGCAAAAACGGCAUUAAUGUACUAAAAGUACAAUAGCCUUGGGCCCUUUACGAGUUGUUAAGCAAUAUCUAGUUCGGGAUCUGUUUAAAACGCUGAACUGUAUUGGAAUACUAAGUGGAAUUGCAAACAGCAAUAAAUACACCUCCAAGUGACAGUAUUGGUAUCCAUUCAUGUUAGUUAACAAACGGCUGAUGUGUUACUCGUUCUGAAAUUAGUGUGACCAGGAUAAGGAUUGAAUGAAGAAUGACAUUUUACAUAAAUAGUUGAAAGUCGAAGAAAAGUAUCGCCAAAAAGAUACUUCUGGAGGAGUUAUCGUCCGUGAGAAUUGAGUUGACCAAGCUUCGCAACGAAAAGGAUGCUUUAUUACAAUCGGAUUCAGUCGGCGAAUUGCAACCAAUUCGUUCGAGCACAGCAGAAUCAUUCGGUACAGUGGGCGAGACACUAUUAGCCAGUGUGAAUAACAUGUCUAUCAGCACAAUAAACAUUCCCGAAUGUGUUCCAUCAGACAGUGCAUCAGAUAUCGACAAAAAAGGCUACGAGUAUUGGAAAAAUAUACUGGUGGCUUCAUUAAACUUGAUACAAGCAAACGAUGAAAAUAUUAAAAUGGAUGUCUUCAGAAUUAAAUCUGGGCCGAAGUUGUUAGAAUUGCUACAAGGGACGAAGUUUUUGCCGGAUAUGCCUGAUGAAAUAGCUCAUCCAUUUUCAAACGCAAUUUGUCGGUUGGAUUGCUAUUUUGGAUUGAGGGCUUAUACGGUUUUUCAACGCAGUAAUCUCCUGAAUACAGUGCAGCGGGUUGAAGAAACAAAUCUACAAUUUGUUCGACGUGUCGCAGCUUCUGCCAAACUCUGUGGCUACGACAAAGAGGACGACGAAAUGGAAGCAGUGGCCCGUACAGUGAUCAAAAGUUCAACCGAUAGGCGUGUGCGUACUCUAUCUCAUCGAAAUUGGGUGCGACAAGGCUCGUUGAACGAUUUAUUCGACCUUGUACGCGAUUACGAAACAGAGAUAUUCAACGAAGAGGAGUUUCAGAAGAUGCACCAGCCACAAAGAACAGCAUCGAUCGCCACAAUUAUCAGUAAUGCGGGUCAAAGAGGACAAUUUCAGCGUAACGACACAGGAAGACUCAACAGUUCAAGCCGAGGAAGAGGAUCGUACCAUCGUGCUCCGAUGCGUUUCAAAGGAUCAAUGCAAAAUGUUUGCUGGCGUUGUGCAAGUAUUUAUCACAAUCCUGGCCAAUGCCCAUGCCUUAACAAGAUUUGCCAUAACUGUAAGCAACAAGGACAUCUCGCUCGAUGUUGCCCCUCUCAAAAUCGCGCCCGAAUCGCAACUAAACGAUACUCCGAAGCAGACAAUGAAGAACCACCGCGAAAAAUUGCUGCUAUCAAAGAUGAAGAAGAUAUUAAUGAACCCAAACCAAUUGAUUUUGUUUACCGUUAAUGACUAUAGUAUGGAGCAUAUAUAAGAAACCACUAGAUCAAAAUUAGUUUCCCUAGUCAUUGGGGGGUCGGGCGGUUGCCUGUACCCCCUACCAGUGAGAUUCUAGCCACAAUUAGUAUGUUCGAGCAAAUUAAAACAGAACCGAUGGGAUUCUACACAGCAUAUCCACCGCAUCAGGCUAACCAGGUACCAAUAGCACCAACCCCUCGCACUGACCAAAAUCAGCAGUCUGUUAUUGCCGUUAAUGAAAACAAGCCAGCGGUUAAUAACAGUACACCAGUAAUAUCCUCUCAACCAGAAAAUAGUCAUUCCACCGCCUCAAGCAGAAGUAAAAGGCAAACAUGCAAAAUUUGUGGAAAAACGUUAUCUUCCCCUAGCAGCUACUACGUUCAUAUGAAAUUACAUUCUGGAACCAAACCAUUCGCCUGUACUGUAUGUGAAGCGGCUUUUUGUAGGAAGCCGUAUUUGGAAGUUCACAUGCGAACACAUACAGGUGAAAGGCCCUUUUCUUGUGAAGUGUGCCUGAAGCGGUUCAGCCAAAAAUCAUCAUUGAAUACACAUAAGAAAAUUCAUUUGAGAUAUUGGAGCAUUCAUAAACCGUUCCAGUGUAAUCAAUGUAGUGCGUCCUUUGGCCGAAAACCGUAUUUAGAAAUUCAUCUUCGAACUCACUCCGGUGAACGUCCUUUCGUUUGCGACAGAGAAGGUUGCGAUAAAAGGUUUUCGCAGAAAUCAACACUGAACAUUCACAAACGCGUUCAUGAUCCCAAUCAUAGACCUUUCAUAUGUGAGCAUUGCCCAGCAACAUUCUGUCGAAAACCUUACCUUGAUAUUCAUAUAAGAUCACAUACAGGGGAAAGGCCUUUCGAAUGUACAACUUGUUUGAAGCGGUUUUCCCAGCGAUCUACAUUAAACAUUCAUAAGCGUAUCCACACUGGUGAACGUCCAUAUGCGUGUGAUAUUUGUAAUAAAACUUUUGCCGUUAAAAGUUACGUCACAGCUCACCGUUGGUCUCACGUCUCAGAAAAACCAUUGAAUUGUGAUCGUUGUUCAAUGACAUUUACUAGUAAAUCACAGUUUGCCAUUCACAUUCGAACCCACUCUGCAGGUCAAAAUUUCGAAUGUCGCCUUUGUGGUCGUACUUUUAUUCGCGAUAGCUAUUUGAUUAGGCACAAUAAUCGGGUGCAUCGGGAUAACAGGAUCAACACGAACCACGUAAACGCAACCAUUAACAGUGUUGCUAUCGGAGAGAUACCAUCACAAAUCAUUGCACCCGCAACUAGUGAUGCUAGUGACCAUAAUAACCACCAGGUCACAACUCAACAGAGAGAUGCGUUUAAUAGUGCCACAGCACAACCUUGCAACUUUAGGUACGUCCCCGAGCUUCAUAUGACUGAGACGUUGUCGUCAGUGUCUCAUAUUUCUUCGCCCGAUGUUAGCAACAGCCAUAACCUUUCACCGAGCAUUACUAAUUCUAGUCAAGAGCACGGAAUGGCACCCAGAUCUAUGAUUAUCAAUGCAAGCAAUACAAGCGUCCACAUACAAGACGGCAUCAUUGAUCAUGGACGAAUGGUAGAAGAUAUUCAUGACCGAGAACGAAUCGAAAUUCAUCAUGAACGAUCUGAACAUGAAUCUCGCAAUCUUGCUGAACGUUUCAUUCAAAAUGCCGAGCGAAUGGCACAGGAGCACUCAAUAGCAAUGCAACAGCAAGAGCAUCAUCAGAGUAUUAUGUCACCGAUUCAUCGUUUAGUUACCGACAAGAACAGUAUUCCCAAUAUACUUGAAUCGAAACUUGAGUAAAAGAAUCUUAUGUUACGGAAAACCAAAAUAAGUGUCACCGUAUCAUAAAAAGAUAUACCUACUAAUUGAUACAAACUGUACUGUACAACUAUUCAAGUAUACCAAACUAGAACUAGCGAGCAUAGAAAAUAGUUUUAAUUUUAGAGACGUUCUUGUAAACUUCAGAAAUAAUGUCGAUGCAAUGUCGCAAAAAAUAACAUAUUAUAAAAAGCGAUGUGCACAACAUAGCAUAAUAUGAUGUAAUAUAUUAUCACAUAUUGCAGUAUAUAUUUCAACAAUAUUAAUCAACAGUAGCGAACCUUACAAACAGACCGAAAUUUUUCAUAAAAGCAAGUCGAAGGCAGCGCCAUUGGUAUUAGUAUAAAAAAUGUGUUUAAGUUGAUGUUUAAUUUGACGUAAGAUAAACAAAGCUUUAUAUCGAAUAAAGUUUUCCUCCGUUGCGGGAUGAACUUUAAAAGAACAUAACAUAUAGACACCAUAAAGCUUCCUAGUGUAGUCAUUUCCAAAAUGAUGUGAUCUGUAGCUGCCUUCAGCAUUUUAUUUUCGAAGUAAAUUACCAAACCAUCGCAAAUGAUGUAAACAAUUGUGUGAAAGCCCGAUUGUAAUGUUAGUAGUUAUAAAAUAUAUUUAUUUUAUUUAAUGGAA